UCGGCGCUAUAACUCGGCGGCGCCCAUGGCAGCGGCGCCCCGGCCGGGCAGCCCAGCGCAGCCCGGGCCCGGCAUCCCGACAGAAAAAUCCCCUCGGAGCAAACAGCCAGCACGCCCUCAACCUCCACUGCUCUGCCCACCCUCCUGAAGACAACUUCUGGGGGCAGGCAGUACUGCCCAGUCUGGGUGGCACAGGGGCAGCUGGUGGACAGCAGGUGCUGAGGGGCUGCUCUUGCAGGUCACCCUCCGCCAUCAUGAUGGAGAAAGGGCCCCGCAACUCCAGCGAAGGCCAGCAAGGCUGGUUCUCAGCCAGGAAUGGCAGUGGCAGCUCCUUGGAUCUGGAGUCUAUGGUGCAACCCCUUGCCUUGAACCCAUGGGACGUUGUCCUCUGCAUCUCGGGGACCAUCAUCUCCUGUGAGAACGCCAUUGUGGUGGUGGUCAUUUUCUACACCCCGGCUUUCCGCGCCCCGAUGUUCCUCCUGAUCGGCAGCUUGGCCACAGCCGACCUCCUGGCAGGUGUGGGGUUGAUCCUACACUUUGCCUUCGUGUACUUCAUCCCGUCGGAAGCGGUCAACCUGCUCACCGUGGGGCUCCUGGUCACCUCCUUCACGGCCAGCAUCAGCAGCCUGCUGACCAUCACCAUCGACCGCUACCUGUCCCUCUACAACGCCCUAACCUACUACUCGGAGAGGACGGUCACCAGGACUUACAUCAUGCUGAUCCUCACCUGGGGAGCCUCCAUCUGCUACGGGCUGCUGCCCGUCAUGGGCUGGAACUGCCUGAAGGAGCCCUCCGCCUGCAGCAUCGUCAAACCACUGACCAAGAACCACCUCAUCAUCCUCUCCGCCUCCUUCCUCACGGUGUUCGCGGUGAUGCUCCAGCUGUACGUGCAGAUCUGUAGGAUUGUGUGCCGGCACGCCCACCAGAUCGCCGUCCAGCGGCACUUCCUGGCCAGCUCCCACUACGUCACCACCCGCAAGGGCAUCGCCACCCUGGCCGUCAUGCUGGGCACCUUCGCGUCCUGCUGGCUGCCCUUCGCCAUGUACGGGCUGCUGGGGGACUGCAGCUCCCCGGCCCUCUACACCUAUGCCACCUUGCUCCCUGCCACCUACAACUCCAUGCUGAACCCCAUCAUCUAUGCCUUCAGGAACCAGGAGAUCCAGAAAAUGCUGUGGGCAGUGUGCUGCGGCUGCUUCUCCUCCAUGCUGCCUUUCCGCUCCCGCUCCCCCAGUGACGUCUGAUGUGCCCCCCCCCGGCAUCUUUUACUUACCAAUUCCAGCUGGGGGAUUUGCUUUGAUUCCCCCUUUUCAUUCCCAGAGGCACAUUGCAGGAGCUCUUGGAAUCAAGCAGCUCUUCCCAGCCUCAUCCUUUUUGGGCACAACCCCUUCUUUUCCUCUAUUUUUCCACUUUUUGAAUGUAGAGAAAGACGUAUUUUUUAUCUGUAAUAUAAUCUAUAUUUAUGAGUGAGAGAGAGGGGGCUGAUCCUCAUAUUUCUUUAAAACUAUUUAUGAUGCUUUAUUUUUUUAAGGGUGGGGAAACACCAGGAAUGUUCAUCCCCCUCUUGUUUUUUUUUACAACCUUUUCAUUUACCUCAGAUAGUCAAAAUAUAUUUUAUACAUUUGGAGAAGGGGAGGAGAGAUUCGUUGCCAGAGGAGGAGGGACUCAACCCCCUCCCCCCCUUCUCCCAACGAUCCAUUUAUUUAUUUAUUGGUAUUUGAAUUGUUAUUUAAUUUGAUUUCCAUGCCUCCCUCCCGCCGCCCAGCACUGGGCCCUGCUGCCCUCUAGUGCUUGCUGCCUUCAGGAGGGGGGCUGCCGGAGGCUCUGCACCCCCAAACCCACAAGUUUUGGGGUCCUCUGUGUGCUGCCACCCCACCUCAUGGCACCCAGGGCUCCCCCUGCCAAUGCCUUUCUUUGCACUGGGAUUGGAUUUGCACAUUUCUGGGCUGGAGAGAUGGAUGUGAAGGGGGCCCCUUGUGAAGGGGACCCCUGGGAUGGGGAUCCCCUGGGAUGGGGACCCCCUGGGAUGGGGACCCCUCUGGACGGGGACUUCUCAAUGGGUCAGGGUGGGGGGCUGCUUCUUGUUUACAACUCUGG